AUGAAUUCCACAACGAGAAGUUCAAAGGAGUUGCUCCGUCUGCAGAAGGAGCUAAAAGACAUUGAAAAUGAAAAUGUGCAAGAAAUAGAUGCCCACGUGAAGGACUCCAACAUUUCCGAGUGGGUUGGUUUUAUUAAGGGGCCAUCGGGGACGCCCUAUGAAGACGGCCAUUUUAUUUUGGAUAUAACUAUACCGAAUGAUUACCCGUAUAACCCCCCCAAGAUAAAGUUUAAUACCAAAAUAUGGCACCCAAACAUUUCAAGCCAAACAGGGGCAAUCUGCCUGGACGUCUUAAAAAAUGAAUGGAGCCCCGCGUUGACGAUUAGAACUGCCCUUUUGUCCAUUCAGGCGCUGCUGUCUGAUCCGCAACCAGACGACCCCCAAGACGCAGAAGUAGCGAAAAUGUACAAAGAGAACUAUUCCCUCUUUUUAAAAACAGCCAGCGUGUGGACGAAGACUUUUGCCACGGGACCGAAACUCGAGCCAAGAGAAGUCAUUAUUAAGAAGAUCACCGAAAUGGGAUUUACGGAGGACCAGGCGAAGAAAGCCUUAAUAAAGGCCGAUUGGAAUGAAACCCUGGCGCUAAACACCCUCCUCGAAAAUUCCUAA